AUGCCUAACGCCUCGGUUAAGCCUUACUGCAUUUGGUAUCCCGAUGUUGCUAGUGAGGAGACGUACCGGGAGCUUGCCCGACGCUACCCAGACAUGCGUUAUCAAAUUGGACGCGCUUGUGCCGUUGCAGGUUAUGCUACCUUGCAUAAAGAGCUUAGAUUGCUGCCUGAUAUCUCCAUCGCAGAAGAGGCUCGGGAUAACGGCCAUACCGCCAUCUAUGAGGCUAUCGUCAGCCAGGACACAAGAUAUGCCGUCAUGAAUGAUUACACACGCACAGUCAACCUCGAAUCCCCUCGACCUGGGUUUCUCAACGGCGACACAGCCGUCCGAUCAACGCUCUCCGGCACCCGCCCUGCUCACGAGCUCUCGCCUGAAAGCCAGAAAAUAUCCCAGCGUCCUUUCUUCUAUGAAGGCAUUAGUUUGCAAAGCUAUGAAGAGCACUACUUCGAUAUCCAAGAAGACGCUCAUAUCAACUACUUCGAAUCGGAUCCUCAGAGGACAAGGCUAGAGGACGAAUUCGUUGAUCUGCUGUGGAAUCUUCUGCCGCGAGAUCUCCCCACGAUAAACAAAGACGCUCUCAUUGUUGCGGCCGCCUGGGAUGGCAAUGCAGACCGUUAUCAACGCCUGCGGCGCCCAAAGACUGUCCCAAACGAGCUCUCGGCCGUAAUACGGGGCGCCCACCACCACACGCCCUUUGCGAGGUGGCUGGACGCGUGCUUAGACGACACAUUUGACAAGGACGAGGCUUUGUACGUCCGACAGGCUGUACACGCGCGCUUCAUCAUGAAUAACGACCUCUCUCGUAUCAACACUGAAACCGACGGCGACGAGCUCCCCGCUAUCUUCUGGUGGCCUCACAUACCCCACGAGAACACGCUGCGGGAGUUCGCGUGGAGACGCCCCGACUUCAAGCACCAGGUUACGCUCGCUUGCAUCGUUGGACACUACCAGGAGCUGUUUGACGAGCUUCAGUCCGAGGUCAAGCCGUCGCAAUGGCAGUGGGAGGUCGCGUGCCAGAGCACAAACCCUCAUUACUGCGAGACCGUCGAGCGGCGCGCGGCCGAGGAAAAGGUCAGACUCUUCCACGGUCCCAAAUCGUUCAACAGACCCGGCGCCGAGGGCUGCUGGAGCAGGUCAUACCUGCGGCCCAACAAGGAACCGUCGUACAGUGAGCGUGCCGUCAUGCCGAAGGGUAUCUACAACGAGCCCGAUGAACCGCAUUGGGAACUUUGGGACAUCCCGCCCGGCGACCUGCUCAACAACGGCAUGCAGUGGCAUCUGGCGAAGUGGGCGACACACAUUAGCGCGACGGACGAUACGAGGAGGCAAAGCGGCCUGUUGUACUCAUCUGACGAUGAUUUCGAGCGCCGUAAGACGCCGGCGCCCGAGCCGAAGCUGCGGAAAGACUUCUCAUCGCUAGAUGACCUCGACUAUCAAUACAACGAUCGGCCGUAG